AUGGCAGGACACAUGGGGCAGAAGAUGAUCCAGGACGAAGUUCAUCAGAAUCAGAUCUUGCGAGAACUAUUUCUCAAAGAGCUGCGAGCACAGAAGCUGUACACGCAGUAUCACGUGAAUCCCCUGCGCAAGGUUCACACGAUUGCCAGGAAGCCUAUGUCUUGGCAUGAUAACUUGGAGGAGCCUGCAGAUGCCAAAUUCCUGAACCUCAUUCACCAUGCUGCACAGGGUCCAAGGAAGAAAUAUCCAGAGACACAGACUGAAUCCCAAGAAAUUGGAUGGGAUCCAAUUCCCUUGGUCAACCCAGACCGCCAGGACAACAGGCUGAACCACUUCAAAGUCUACCAUGACAUCACUCUGUACAAAGCUAAACUGUGGAGUCUGGGGGAGGAUGAUCACCGGAAGUAG